GCGCCGGGCCCCCAGGCGGAGCGCCGGGCGCCGGGCCCCCAGGAGGGGCAACAGGCAUCGGACCCCCAGGCGGAGCGGCGGGCACCGGACCCCCAGGCGGAGCGGCGGGCGCCGGACCCCCAGGCGGAGCAACAGGUCUCGGGCCCCCAGGCGGAGCGGCGGGCGCCGGACCUCCAGGCGGAGCGACAGGUCUCGGGCCCCCAGGCGGAGCGGCGGGCGCCGGACCCCCAGGCGGAGUGGCGGGCGCCGGACCCCCAGGCGGAGCGGCGGGCGCCGGACCCCCAGGCGGAGCGACAGGUCUCGGGCCCCCAGGCGGAGCGGCGGGCGCCAGACCCCCAGGCGGAGCGACAGGUCUCGGGCCCCCAGGCGGAGCGGCGGGCGCCGGACCUCCAGACAGAGCGACAGUUCUCGGGCCCCAGGCGGAGCGACAGGCACCGAGUCACCAGGCACGAUAGUGGGCUCCGAGUCAACUGGCAUGACCACGGGCACUGG